AUUAUAGGUCACACAGAAUGGUGUUUUCAUAACUGUAGCAGUUGUUCAAUGCAGAUUUUAUUUACCACAUCUCGCAAUAUUCGGUUUCCAUAGUGGAGUGUCAUUACAUCUGCAGACAAACGUGACUGUUCUGCGCGCUCGAUCCGUCCGUUAAUCUCGUGUCAGGACGGUGCUGCAUUAUUAAAGCGGUCCGAGAUGGCGAUGGUACUACGAUCCAGAAAAUCCAUUCACCGCAGGCAGGCAAUGCCCGACACAACACCCGUAGGACAAAGAAGAAAAUCAACCCGCCUCCGCAGGAAAACUCACGUUACGUACGAGGAGUUGGAUAAGUCAGACUCGGACUCUACCCUGAGCCAAGUGAUGGAGAUACAUGAGAGGCCGCUGCCCGAGCUGGAUGACGAGGCAGACCUACCGGAACUGAAGCAUUGUAGUGUUGUACUGGACCAUCUAAGAGUUGAUGACAAGGCUGCAAAUAAAGAGCUUGAGGAAAAAGAAGACAUGAAUCGCAAAGGUGGGAAACCCUUAUCCCGGAUUCCUACUUUCCAUAAGCGACCAGCCAGUGCCACCCAGAGCACGGAGCUGCCUGUCCCCAGAAAAGAUACUCCUGUCCAUGUAGCUCAGCCUCUUGAGAAGGCUAGUAGUGGAAGUGCAGAGUCUUUGAAGUCCAAACCGGCUGAUGUCAGAGAAACGGCGCUCACCCUUCCUUCAAUUCGAGUCCCCAGGAUCAGCUCUGAAGCCCCCUCUUCGUUCAGCAGCAUAGAACAUGAUACCACGAAACCUCAGAGCACCCUAAUUACAGCACCCAAAAGCCGAAGUUUGCCUGAGUCUCUUAUGACUGCAAGCCCCAGGCCGGCCCUCAGACCAGAGCAAGGGACAGAGCAGCAUUUACCAGAGCAAGACAAGAGCAAAACCUCAGAAACAGAAGCUGUUUCCACACCAGACACCCCUGUAAGCACCCUUCCACAUCAGGCACCUCUCAGACAGAAGCCCCUGGAAGACACAGCAGAAAAGGAUGAGGUCGACAUUAUAAGCAAGCAUUCCUUCGCAGCCCCUGGAGAUACUGAAAAGUCUGAGGAGAUCGCCCGCACCCAAGUAGAUGCUAUUAUGGAUGAAGAGCCACCGUGGCAGAUGGAGCCAACAAACACACUUCAAUUAAAAGACAGUAGAUCGUCAUCAGAUGAUGAAUGUGAAGAGGAUUCAGCAGGUGAAAUGUCUGAGGGUCAUGAUUCAGAGCAGGUCGAGGAUCAUCAUAAGUCCCAUUUAAGCAAGUCAGAGAUCUCAGAUGUUGCAGAGAGAAUGGAUGAACCCAGCUCCCCUGCAGCACCAGAGAAGACUACUAAAGCCAGAUCGCCCAAGUCAACUAAGCAGAGCUCUGGAUGCUCCAGUUUUGUCUUCUGCUGCUUGCUGCCCACCACCUUGCUGCUUCUAGGAGGGCUCACUCAGCAUGUUUGGCACUAUGGGCUUCCCACAUCUGUAGCUCAGCUCACAGCUCAGCUGGAACUGCACUGGUUGGAGGGCUUUGGCUUAGCACAGGAGCCCUGCAGCACCGAUUGUCGAGUUCACCUGGUGGAGAGCAUCCCUGUGGAUAUCUACCCGUCCUCUCCCUCAUCUAGACCGAGCAUCGCAGACAGCUGGCUGCAUCUGCUGGACAAGGCCAAUCGCUCCGUCCACAUUGCCGCUUUCUACUUCACACUACGAGGCAGCGAUUUGGAACUCGCUGACUCCACUGACUCUCAGGGAAGAAAGGUCUUUGAGCACCUGAAGCAGCUUGAAUCCAAAGGCGUGAAUCUCCAGAUUGCCGUCAAUGCCCCUCAGACCUCAAGCCAAGACACAGAAGAACUGGCUGCAACGGGUGCAGAAGUCCGAGAGAUAGAUCUCAAUGCUGUAACUGGGGGCAUCGUCCACACUAAGCUGUGGGUGGUGGAUCAAAAGCACUUCUACUUGGGCAGCGCCAACAUGGACUGGCGCUCUCUAAGUCAGGUGAAGGAGGUGGGUCUGUCAGUGGAGGACUGCAGCUGUCUGGCUCAGGACGCCUAUCGUAUCUUUGGUGUGUACUGGAGCAUCGGCGGUGGGAACAACGGUUCCCUGCCCCCAUACUGGCCUUCUCGGCUCUCUGCCCUGUCCAGUUCCCAGAAUCCCCUACACCUGAAGUUUAAUGGAGUACCUGCUCAAGUCUACCUCUCUAGCGCCCCUCCACAAAUCUCAGCCCGUGGCCGCUCUGACGACCUUUCCACCAUCUUGUCUGUCAUCAGCGAUGCCCAGAAAUUCAUUUACAUCUCUGUCAUGGACUACCUUCCUCUGUCUCAGUACACUGAACCACUGAGGUUCUGGCCCGCCAUCGACUCGGCUCUGCGUGCCGCAGCUUGCACCAAAGGGGUGCAGGUCAGACUGAUGGUUAGCUGCUGGGAGCACUCGCCUGCCUCCAUGUUCACCUUCCUGCAGUCACUGCUGGUGCUCAACAGGCCUCCGCUGAGAUGUGCCAUUGACGUGAAAAUCUUUACAGUGCCUUCAACGGCAGAGCAGAUGAAGAUCCCCUUUGCACGAGUCAAUCACGCCAAGUACAUGGUUACAGACAGAGUGGUCUACAUAGGGACGUCCAACUGGUCCGAGAACUACUUCACGCAGACUGCUGGUGUGGGCUUGGUGGUAAACCAGACGGGAUCAGAGGUUGGAAAAGGCCAGCAGACUCUGCAGAGCCAAGCAGAGGAGCUCUUCCUCGGAGACUGGAGGUCCCAGCAUGCCAGAGCGCUCCCUGCAGACAACGUGGACAUCUGCCCUCUAAGCCACCACUGACGGUUUACUGCUCAAUAAAGCAUGUUGCCUUGCAGAUGAGUAUCUUACUUGCACUUGAACUAUAUUUUACUUGUGCAAAAAUCAAUCAGCUUGCUGUGCUGUGUGAAUAAACAGUUUGCUUUGUGGCUGUUUCCUGAUAGCUGCCUUUUUCUGUAUAUAAUUGCACUGUUGUAUAGUUUGAGAAUUAUUAUUUUUUUUACUCUGCUUUCUUACAUGAGUUGAGGCAUGUGAGAACAUGCUUUGUACAGUUUAUUUUAUGCCUGGAGCAAUAUGUAUAUUUUCCCUAAAAAUAUUGAUGCCAAGCUUUAAACAGUCUUGUGCAGGAAAUCAAACCUUUCCAAAAGAUGUGUACGCCAUGGCCAUGUUUACACUGCAGGCAUCUUUUGUUUGCAGUAAAUGUCAAUGUUCUAUUUAAUCUUCCAAUGUACUGUUUCAGUACAAAUAAAGCCUGCUCGCUAGUUGUGA